UGGGGGGGAUAUUCUUUCUUUUAAAUCUGGCUGCUCCCCCUCUAGCCCUCGUCUUCGGGGGUUCGGUUGGUUUGAGUAUCAUACAUUCACCAUGAGGCUCUUUCUUGCGCUGUGCUGCCUGCUUGGCGUGGUCUGCCGGGCGCAGGCCAAGGCUGUAUUCGCGCACUAUCUGAUGGGUAAUACGGCGACGUUUGGGCCGUCCGAUUGGGAAACAGAUAUCCAAGAGGCGCAGGCCGCCGGCAUCGACGCGUUUGCGCUGGACGUGGGCUCCGGCGACAACGUGGCGCUGCCGCUGCAGAUGGGCUUCGAGACGGCGGCCUACUACGGCUUCAAGAUGUUCUUCUCCUUUGACUACUCCGGGGGCACGGGCACGAUCACGGACGGCAGCAGCUCCAACGAGACCGAGGCCAUCUGGCCCAAGGACAACGUGACGGCGUUGAUCAAGGCCUGGUCGUCCAGCGACGCCUACUACACGUACCAGGGCAAGCCGCUGGUGUCGACGUUCGAGGGGCCCGCCAGCGCCGACGACUGGACCGACAUCAAGAACGAGACCGGCUGCCUGUUCAUCCCGGACUGGACCUCCAUCGGCCCCAAGGCGGCGCUCAAGACGGGCGUCGUCGACGGCCUCUUCUACUGGGGCGGUUGGCCCUGGGGACCCGAGAGCGUCAACACCACCAUCGACAAGCAGUACAUGGCCGCGCUGGCCGCCGCCGACGACAACAAACCCUACAUCAUGCCCAUCUCGCCCUGGUUCUACACCAACAUGCCCGGCUACGACAAGAACUGGGUGUGGAACGGCGACAACCUGUGGUACGACCGCUGGCAGCAGGCCCUCGACCUGUCCCCGGACUUCCUCGAGAUCAUCUCCUGGAACGACUUUGGCGAGUCGCACUACAUCGGACCCCUUCACACCACCGAAUACGCCCAGUUCAAGACCGCCGACUCCCCCUACAACUACGCCGCCAACAUGCCUCACGACGGCUGGCGCGCCUUUCUUCCCUACCUCAUCGCCCAGUACAAGACCGGCAACGCCUCCCUGUCCCAGGAGAGCCUGAUGGUCUGGUACCGCGCCCAUCCGGUUGCAGACUGCACCACGGGCAACACCACGGGCAAUGCCAUCUCCCAGGGUCAGACCACCAUGCCCCCCAAGGACAUCCUCCAGGACCGUAUCUUCUUCUCUGCCCUGCUCAACGCCACCGCAGACAUCAACGUCACCAUCAACGGGAACCCCUCGGCCGCCAACUGGACAAACACCCCGUCUUCUUCCUCUUCCUCUUCCUCUUCCUCUACCGGCAUCUAUCACGGUAGCGCCCCCUUUGACUCCCACACGGGCGCCGUCAACAUCACCCUCACCCGCAACAACAAGAUCGUCGCCCAGCUCACCGGCAUCGACAUCACCCCAAACUGCACCGAUGACAUCCAGAACUACAACGCGUGGGUCGGCAGCGUCAAGGUCGCCGAGAGUGGAGCCGCUCGGCUUCGGCAGCCUCUGUCUUGCUUCUUCUCGACGCCCCUGCUUGUGCCUGGCCUCCUCUUGGCCGGUUAUUUUUAUACCUUCCUAUAAUCUCCUUUCUCCCUUCUCCCUUCUCCCUUCUCCCUGUGUACCCAAUUUC